AACAUUGCAUCCACCGGGUACCACAACAAUAGACCGCAGCAUCCAGUCCGGACGACGCUGGCCUUGCACCAUCAUGCUCCUGGUGCAGGACUGCGUGAGGCUGUGAGUGCCGUCGUGAUUCAUUUCACGCGGUACCAGCACCACGGCCACGGAGGAACCUUCUUGCGACUGUUUGGGCUCUCCAUCGAGCGGGGAAGAUGGCCGCUAUGAAAAUAUUAACAGGCACGGGGCUCUUCUUGGCUUUCUGUGCGCUCGGGCUGCUCGCCAUGGCGAUCUGCACCGAUUAUUGGUACGAGACGGACGCGCGGAGGCAUCGAGAGAGGUGUAAAAACUAUGCCAACAAGCGGAACGACCCGGGCUACAUCUACAUUUCCAACCACAACCUCCCCCUCCAGAUGCCUCCAAAGAGCCUGGAGAGGAAAGGUAACGGCCCAGAUGUUGGAGCUCUCAUCAGGGGGAAGCGGCACUUCCUGGCCGCCGCGUCUGCCAUGGAGUCUCACUGCAGCCGGCAGUUUAACUCCACCAUCUCCGGGCUGUGGAGGAAGUGUCACCGGGAGGGAUUCGACCUGGAGACCGAGGACCUUAUUUACAAAGGGAUAAUUCAAAGAUGUACCCCAGUCAAGUAUCACUACUCUUCGUCCAUCCUACCACGAAAUUUACCCAUCAACAUCACAAAGACCAUACGACAGGACGAGUGGCACGCACUCCAUCUAAGAAGAAUGACGGCGGGCUUCGUGGGCAUGGCCGUGUCCAUCAUUCUCUUUGGCUGGAUCAUUGGAGUGCUGGGAUGCUGCCAGCAGCAUGACCUCAUGCAAUAUGUAGCUGGGCUACUCUUUCUCAUGGGAGGAACAUGCUGCAUCAUCUCCUUGUGCACAUGUGUGGCAGGAAUCAACUUUGAGUUGUCCCGCUACCCGCGCUACAUGUACGGGCUCCCUGAGGACAUUAGCCAUGGCUAUGGCUGGUCCAUGUUUUGUGCCUGGGGGGGCCUCGGUCUCACACUGCUGGCUGGCUUCCUCUGCACCUUGGCCCCCUCCCUGAGCACACCCACUCGCACAACGUCCCACAAGCCGAGGCAGGAGAACGGAACCGUGUGACAGAGGCGUCGUGAAGCGGCCGACCCACCGAACGCACAAACCGCACCCUUCCAACCUUGAUGUUUAACUCUGAAAAACAGUUUUUGUCUGAUCACCAUUUCACAUCACCCUCGACAUCGCCAUCUCCCUUCAGUGUUCAGUGUGCCUGAGUUGUGACAGAAGGAGCAAAGUAAACUUCACACACCUAAUCUCGAAAAACCCCAGGGGGACGUCCAGGAACACCAAGACUAACACCUACAGUAACGUACGACUGGGGCACGGCUCUCAUAGCACAAAUAAGACUUUUUUUUUGGUUUUGACAUGCUGACUCUAUGGCGAUCUAAAGGUGACUGUUUUCUCUGAAGAGAAUUUGUCUUAAAAUGGUGCUCUCUUUAAAACAUAAAGCCACACACACUCCCACGCAGCACACACACACACACACACACACAAACACACACACACACACACACCAGCACAUGCUUUUCCACACAUGCUCAAUUACUCCGGAUGAAUCAUGGGAGAAAUCCUCCAAAAAGAAGAAAAAAAGAAAAAAAAACAUCAGGCCAGAGCAUCUUGUCAGCAUUCCUCUUUUCAGUCGAGUGAUGUGUGCUGUGUUAUUGUUCGUAAUGAAAAAAAAAAAAAAUCUGGCGUUGACUGCCCAUUGCUUAUCUUUAGUGCAGCACACUAACUGAUAUCAAACAUGAGCCCCGGGGGUAACGUCUGCAGCCUCUGCAGAGCACUAGAUGGAUCUGGCAGCGUGGUCAGUCUGAUAAAAUACACUAAAGUAAAUCUGCAUUGAAAAGAAAAUCGUUUGAUGCUUCUUUAAAGAUUCUAUAUGUACAAAUGCAUCUCUAUGUAGAUCCAGAUCAUUGUUUGUGUAAAGUAGAUUUUGAAUAAGAAUGUUUGUUUUCUGUUUGUUUGGAGGCGACAGUGAGGAGAGGAUAAAGACUGACAGGGUCGUGCUAUGGGAGCGAGAAUCCAUUAUUGGAUUCAGCAGCGUACAGUAAAAGGUAUUUUGUGGUACCAAACUGACAGAAGCCACACGGUUGUUUUUUGCUGACGAGGGCAAAACAAGAAACCGUGGAAACUGUGGAGGAAGUAUUUGAUUGCUCUCAUUGUUUACCCUCAAUAUUGGUCAGCCUUUUUGUGUAAUACAAGGGGGGAAAAUGCAACUUCAGUGAAAACAAAAGCACAAGCUGCGUUCCAAAUCCUCAUCUGCACUCAGUACAGUAACAUAGUAACAUCACGUAUUGGUAGAGGGCCAAAGUGUUAUCAUGUUUGACUAAAAGCUGGCUCAGUAACAGCAGAAACAAAGAAACAAGCACAGUUUAGAGGAUGAAAAAAUGCAAAGCACACUGGAAAUGGAGGAGCUGUUUGUUUUGUUUUUUUAACAUAUGGAUGUAAUAAAUCCAUAAAAAAAUGGUUGAUUUUAACUCUAAAUUGACAGAGGCUUUCCAAAUUCCCAGUAUGAUUACAUCUUAUAUGAUAUGACUUAAAGAAAUACUUGAAAAUGACUAUUUGUAUAUCAGUUACUCACUCUGUGUUACCUUGAAUUCUUGAAGACAACCGAGUUUUUCUCUCAUGUUUCCACAAUGAUCAAAGAAUCCAAAAACUUGCAGGAGUAUAUUGCUGUCGUAAAAAAAAAGUAUUCAGAUAAUUUACUUCAGUAAAAGCACUAAUACCACACUGUAAAGUUACUCCACUUCAAGUAAAAGUCCUGCAUUCAAAACUUACUUCAGUAAAAGUACAAAAGUAUCAGCAUCAAAAUGUAAUUAAAGGUUAAAAGUAAAAAGACUCUUCAUGCAGAAUGUUUUAUAUAUUCUAAAUAUAUUAUUAGAUUAUUUUUGCAUGGAUGCAGCAUUUUAUUUUGUAAAGAUAGGUCUCAUUUUAAUCACCUAAUAUACUUUAAUUUUGAAAAAAAAAAAAAAGUCUAAUCACUUUAAAUUUAUCACAUUUUUUAUGUUAAAUCUCGACCUGAAAAGUAACUAAAGCUGUCAGCUAAAUGUAGUGGAGCAAAGAGUUCAAUAUUUGCAUCAAAAUGUAGUGAAGUAGAAGUAUAAAGUUGCAUAAAAUGUCAAAUAAUCAAGUAAAGUACCUCAAAAUGACAUUACUUGAGAAAAUGUACUUGUUAAAUGUUACAUUCCACCACUGAUAAUCUGUUAAAUUAGAAUAAAUUAAAGCAGAAUUUAACAAUAUCAAAACAUCUGCUUACAAAGUCUAACAAAACUGGUGCAGUACAACCUAAAUCUCAUUUAUCCAGCCGUAUGCUCACUACUCUAAACUUUUCACUUAAGUAUUACUAUUUAAACAUUUCUGCUACUACUGCUUGUGCAGGCACGCUGUUAUUCAAGAGUUCAAGGAAACAAGGGUGACUAAUUUGUAUAUAAAUGGUUGUUUAAAGGGUCAUGUAUUUCUCUAAAAAAAAGAAAAAAAGGCACACUGUAUAUUCAGCCCAGUCGGCAGCAAAAAAUGUUGCCAUUGUACAUUUCUGCAAAGCACAGAUACAUUUAUCUGCAACAAAGCAGCGUGAUGUUUAAAGCCGUGUUGGUCCGUGGGAGGGAGUGGAGGUGGACGGGACCCAACAAACUGAGGACUUUGAACCGGGAGAGUGGUGCUCACACCCAGUUGUUGGAGGUUUUAUCUAUAAUUAGUGGUAUUUAUGCCCUGAACUGUUAUUUUUACCCAACUAUAACCAAGUGGUUUUGGUGCCUGACCUUAACCAAAGUGUUUACAACCAUGAUUGUCACAUGUUACGGGUUGUAGCAGUUCAGAAAGGUUCAUAUUCAACAUAUUUGUGGUUUAAAAAUGCAUCUAUGGUCAGCCGAAUCAUACAAUGCCAACAUUUAUUCUGCCGACUGGGCUUUUGUGAUUCAAUGGUUGGAUUAAAAAUACCUCCAUUUCUGUUAAAAGCACAAAAAGUAAUUUAGAAAGGAUGUUGCAGUGAUUAAAAGCUGUAUUUCAGUACACCCUGUAUACUAAUUUAUAUGUCUAAAUUGGGGUGUGCACAAACAUAAAAAUUACAAUAUUAAGAACACUUAAAAUCACAAGUAUCUUUACUAAGACAGCCUGUUUUUACAGUGUUGUGUUAAUGAACAAUGUUUAAAAUAGUCAAAAUAAUAAGUGAAAGUAAAUUAUUGGAAAAAUAUGUAUUAAAAACUAGUAAAGGUAGGCUAUUUCAAAUGAACUGUUGAACUGAUGUGAUGCAAACCUCAAAUUCAGUGUUAGAUCAGUAAAUUGCAUCAGUUUUUAUGCACUAAAUUGCAAAACUUUACACUUCAUAGUCUGUAGUAUGAGAUGGGGCCACGUGACAGGUUUAGAAAACAGAGUGUAGCAGGUUGAAUUUUAUUUUGUUGAAACAAUUCUCUCGGUGACACUUGUGGAUGAUAAUUACUCACAGCAGCCAGUUUUCUGUUUAACAAAUAUGAUUUUUUUGUUCCCCACUCCCCCAAGAGUCAUUAGAAGUCAUUUAUUUUGAAAAUUCCAAGCUCACUACAAGUCCAUGAAACAAGAAUAUUACAGCCAUGUGUGAUGAAGUUUUUAUAAAUUGCUGGAGAUGAGUCAUGAGAUAUUCUAUCAGCUAUGUCAAUUAACUUUCUUAGGAAAAAAAAAAAAAGGUGUUAUAAUGUGUGUUGACAACACUGUGUGUGACGUUCAGUCCUUUCACCAUCACCAUAAAAGCCUCCUCAUGAGGCCACCACUUUAUCAGAAGUCGAGGAAAAAUAACCGAGGCAUGAUUCAAAAACUGUAUUUUCAGUGUGUUGUUGAAUCUUUGCACUUUGCUGGGUCUCAUAAAAGUCUGUGAACCUGAAUCUGAGCAGGUGGAGUUAUACAUUAUAUGUUUGCAAGGUCACAUACAGGAGCAAAAGAUGAUCGGAGCAUGUAAUAAGCACCCUGUUGUGUCUUUUACAAAGAGUUUGGGUUCAAACCAUGUCGUGUGUUUAGGGUCAGUCGGUCUAGGCUCUUAUUGUGAAAAUAUUUAUGCCAGAGACAAGGACGUACCAUAAAUAUAAAAACAUUUAUAUCUAUGGUGUGACGUCCUGCGACUCACAGAAUGCAAUGCUGUUUGGUGUUUUUGGUUUUAUAAAGUUUUAAGUUCACACCCAAACUGAUGCACAGUAAUACAAGUAUUACUGUAAGCAGUAAACUGUAAUGUAUAAGUACAUGGUGCAAGUAUAAUGUGUUGUUAGGACUGAAGCACAAUUGCACACAACUCUUACAAGUUUUUGUGUAUUCUUUUUGGGAAAUCUGACUUUUCCAGUACUGACGUGCCACCACUGCACACAUGCAGGACUUUGUCUAAAAA